AGUUCAUAAUGCUAGCACUACAGUACAGUACCUGCCUUUGAAUGAAGAUAUGUGGCAGCGCGAGGACAGUGCUGUUUCACAUCAGAGGAAGUGUCCGGCGAAUGCACGCGCACCAUUUUUCGGAAUAUGAACAUACAUGGAGUCAUUUGAGAGCCAUGCGUUUUCUCCCACAGUUGGCAGGCAGGUAUUCUCCCACAGCCAGGCUCGCACCGGGGAAGCAUUUGAUUCGGCACCGCCGCUGGAUGGUGAUUUAGCAUGAAUGCUAGCUAACUAAUGAACAGCACGCUGUUUAUAAGUCUGUACAGGCAGCGUUAACAUGCAGCGCGAAAGGUUUUGUUAAAUAUUAUCAAUUGUCGUUAUUCGCUUCAUGGGUGGCACACACAUGUCCGUCCAGAAGUCAGAACCUCCAGACAGAAACUCUGUGUGACGUCAGCUUGCAUUUCUUACCAAAGGAACCGUGACGUGAGGGUUUCUUUUUAAACAUUCAUUUGAGUUUGAAGUACGCUCUACCCUGGCUUUUGUCUUGUAGGCAGGUAAAUGACACUCCAGGUAUGCAGGUCGGAUAAUGUUGAUACAGGAAAUGGAGCAGCUCUUCAGACAGAACCGAGCCAGGACUGCCGCCCUCCGGCUGCGUGUGGACCUGACGGCUCCUCUGUACCAUGGAACACUGAAGCAGCUAUCCUACACUCUCUGCACCCGGCUGUAAGGACUCCACACGUCUGUCCCGAGUUCUGUGUUGCCCCCUUAACCGUCUGUCGUUUGGACCAGCGUGAUCUGCCUUCUUUUCAACCAAAGGAAGUUUUUUUGUUGUUGAAGUAAACACAGACUGUUGUCUUACACAACCUCAAGUUCCAAAGCAUUCUCACACCGAGGACCCUUGCCUUGUUUUACAGGGGACCUUAUCUUUCCACCUCUGUUGCUACCGUCACCAGAGGCGGGACUCCUUUAGCUAAAAUCUGUGGAAUGAAUAUUUUCACCUUUUGACACAGAUCGCUAAGGGCCUUUCCUCUCACAAAGCUUGGGGGAGAACUCACUUUUUUAAAACCAUCCCCCUUUUUGUUAUCCCACCAAGAAAAAAAAAGAAAAAAAGACCAUGAAUUGAAGACUGAACUGAAAGCCUUAGUGAGAGUCAAGUUUACAGGGAGGUAGCCAUGCCUAUUAGAAAAAAAGACACAGCGCGGGCCCUCGGGCUGUUGGAGGAGUACUGUACUAAACUGAGGAGGCCAGAGGAGCAGCAGCUCAAAACUGCCAUCCAGAGAGUCAUGGGGAUCUUCAAAAGCAACCUGUUUGGAGCUCUUCUUGAUAUCCAGGAGUUUUAUGAAGUUACACUGCUAAACACACAGAAGAGCUGUGAGCAAAAGCUGGAGGAGGUCAACCACAUGGCCGACAAGUGGGAGAGGAGCGUGUCCAUACAGAACUCCGAGCCUGCACACUCUGUCUGUCCAGUGGAGGAGCAGAAGGAGCAGAGCAGUUCAGAGCCCAGCGGGAAUAAGAGGGGGGAGAUCAGCACUCACACCUCUGAGAACAGGCCACCUGCAGUACAGGGGUCCCCCCACAACGGCCAACCCCCACCCUGCAUGAACCCUGCCUUGAUGAACGCUCCAUGGCAGUACCACUACCAAGAAGACGACUCGCCGCCUCUCGACCAGGGGUUCCCGCGGCUCACCAACGAGGUGCGCGCCCCUGAGCUGGUGCACGUUUCCGAGAAGAACCUGUCUGAGAUUGAGAAUGUGCACGGCUACGUGUCUCAUUCCCACAUCUCUCCUCUCAAGCCUGCACUGGUUACCCGUUUUGAUCUUGCAUACCCGGGUGUGACCACAGCAAACUACAUGGCCAGCCCCGCCCCGAUCAUCGUCAACACAGACACUUUGGAGUCUGCUCCUUACGUCAAUGGAACAGAAAUUGAAGACGAGUUUGAGGAAAUCACUCUAGAGCGGGGUAACUCUGGGUUGGGCUUCAGCAUUGCCGGUGGGACAGACAACCCCCACAUCGGCGACGACCCCGGCAUUUUCAUCACUAAGAUCAUCCCAGGAGGAGCUGCAGCAGAGGAUGGACGCCUCAGAGUAAAUGACUGCAUCCUGCGGGUGAACGAUGCAGACGUGUCUGAAGUGUGUCACAGUAAGGCGGUUGAGGCUCUGAAAGUUGCAGGCUCUAUCGUCCGGCUGUAUGUGCGGCGCCGCAGGCCGAUGCUCGAGACCAUCAUCGAGAUCAAACUCAUCAAAGGACCCAAAGGGCUGGGCUUCAGUAUUGCAGGUGGCGUUGGAAACCAGCACAUCCCAGGUGACAACAGCAUUUACACCACCAAGAUCAUUGAUGGCGGUGCAGCUCAGAAGGACUGCAGACUACAAGUAGGGGACAGGCUGUUAAUGGUGAACAACUACAGUCUGGAGGAAGUGUCUCAUGAAGAAGCUGUGGCCAUUUUGAAGAACACGUCGGACGUGGUCUACCUAAAGGUGGGAAAGCCCACCAAUGUAUACCUGUCAGAUCCCUAUGGGCCUCCUGAUAUCACACACUCAUUCUCUCCAGCCAUGGAAAAUCAUAUCUCCUCCCCCAUCAACAGUGGCACUCUGGAGUACAAGUCUUGCCUCCCCCCCAUCUCCCCUGGGAGUUAUUCCCCCCUCCCUAAGCACUUGCUUGGAGAAGAGGAUAUAAACAGGUUGGAUGGUUUUCCUUUCUUACGAAAUGCCUCACUAGAUGACGGAGAGGGUCACAGGUUUGAUUCCCAGCACUUCCAGUUAAGGCCUCCUGAGCCAGUUUACAGCACUGUGAACAAACUAUGUGAGAAAGCACCCUCCCCCCGACACUAUUCCCCAGUGGAGUGCGAAAAAAGCCUCCUCCACUCCGCCCCCCUCCCAUAUCAGUUAAGCCUGUUCCCUGACUUGGACAUCACCAGGGAACCCAGGAAGGUUGUGCUGCACAAAGGCUCCACAGGCCUGGGCUUCAACAUUGUUGGCGGUGAAGACGGCGAGGGCAUCUUCGUAUCCUUCAUCCUGGCCGGGGGGCCUGCUGACCUGAGCGGAGAGCUGAGGAGAGGGGACCAGAUCUUAUCGGUCAAUGGGAUCGACCUCCGAGGAGCCACACAUGAACAAGCAGCAGCGGCUCUGAAAGGGGCGGGGCAGGUGGUCACCAUCUUCGCCCAGUACAGACCAGAAGAGUACGGGCGUUUUGAGGCCAAAAUCCAUGACCUGCGGGAACAGAUGAUGAACCACAGCAUGAGCUCCGGGUCAGGGUCUCUGCGGACCAAUCAAAAGAGGUCGCUUCAUGUGAGGGCUCUGUUUGACUACGAGAAGUCAAAGGACAGCGGCCUCCCCAGCCAGGGGCUCAGCUUCAAGUAUGGGGAAAUCCUCCAUGUCAUCAACGCCUCAGAUGAUGAGUGGUGGCAGGCCCGCCGGGUCACUCCUCAUGGAGACAGUGAGGAAAUGGGUGUCAUCCCUAGCAAGAGACGGGUGGAAAGGAAAGAGCGAGCGCGGCUAAAGACGGUGAAGUUCAACGCCAAGCCAGGCUCAUUUGAUUCCAAAGGAUCAUUCAAUGACAAACCUAAAAAGAAUUUCAUCUUUACACGAAAGUUCCCAUUCUACAAGAACAAAGAGGGUGAGCAGGAUGGCAGUGAUUCUGACAGGAGUCAAGAGGAUGUGAUUCUCUCAUAUGAACCUGUGAUGCGGCAAGAAAUUAAUUAUGCCCGACCCAUCAUCAUCCUGGGACCGAUGAAGGACAGAAUCAAUGAUGACCUGAUUUCUGAAUUCCCGGACAAGUUUGGAUCUUGUGUUCCACCUGCUAACUCUUCAGGGCACCAAGAUACCACUCGGCCGAAGAGGGACUACGAGGUGGACGGCAGAGACUACCACUUUGUGGGGUCCAGAGAGCAGAUGGAGAAGGACAUCCAGGAGCACAAGUUCAUCGAGGCGGGGCAGUACAACGAUAAUCUGUACGGGACCAGCGUCCACUCUGUCAAAUAUGUGGCUGAAAGGGGGAAACACUGCAUUCUGGAUGUGUCUGGAAACGCCAUCAAGCGACUACAAGUAGCACAACUCUAUCCCAUCGCCAUCUUCAUCAAACCAAAGUCUAUUGAUACAUUAAUGGACAUGAACAAGAGACUGACAGAGGACCAGGCCAGGAAGACAUUUGACAGAGCUUUGAAGCUGGAGCUAGAGUUUGGUGAAUUCUUCACAGCCCUGGUUCAAGGAGACACCUUAGAGGACAUUUAUAACCACUGCAAACAGGUCAUAGAAGAACAUUCAGGACCCUAUAUCUGGAUCCCCUCAAAGGAGAAACUAUAAUAACUCAUCUGCCUGGAAGGGAGUCUGGACUGUUAGGAUUUAGUAAUAAGAUGUAACAUAUGAUAACUUCAUGGCGAUGAAUUGUCUUCAUAAAUUAUUAUUGUGUAUAUGUUUCAUGUUCUAUUUUUGUUUUUUCACUUAUUUUUGUUUAUCGCUUAAUUUUUCGCUCAACUUCAAUGUUCGUGAAUGUAUUCCACAAAAUGUUAUGUCUUGAAAUAUGAACCGCUAACAUAUUUUUUGAAUUUUAUUUAAACUAAAAGGAAUAGAAAUGUAAUGAGCACGGAAUAAAUAUGUUCAUUUGUCGACAUCAGCACUGUGGAAUUUCAGACUGGAAGUUGGAGCUGGCACACACACUGCACCCCCCCCCCCCCCCUUUCAUACUGCAGAAAUAGCACAUAAUAAUCAUAUUGAGUUUGUCUUUUUCUCUGAUUUGCAUCCCCUAAAAACAACUUUGCUUUGUGUUUGUUUACAUCGUUGUUUCUUCUUUGAAUUACUGUAUUUAUUUCUCUGACAUGACAUUGUGUAUGAGUGAGGAUAUGUUUUAUUCACUGUAAGACUUUCAUGUUUUUUUAUUUAGAAGCCCAUAUUCCUCUUCACGCUGUUGCAUUGACAAUGAUUAAAGGGAGAAAGCUGCCUUUGGCACCUGAGAUCUAACACUAUAUUUUGCUACUUAAAUUGCUAGGGGGCACAAAUGCACAUAAUUAUUUAUUGUUGAAAAUAUAACUUUGAUUAAAAGGUCAUUCAAGA